GCUGAUUGCGCCUGUAACUGAUCCGAAUCCCACACCAGGAGAAGAUAUCCGAGUGCAGUGUGCACAAUCAAAAGACUGAGUUCCAGUCCUGCAAGCAUCAAGCACGUCUUAUGCAAGGGAAAGAACGAUUUUGUUUUGUUUUUUUGCUAGAUUUCUGAUAUCUAUCGACAAUUAGCUAUUCCUGAAACAAUAGUGCAGUGACCCGUGACAUUUCUUGGCCAUCCACUUCCAGAUCUUCGGCUGACGGCCUCCGCCAUGGCAUUCCAGCAUCAGUUUCUUGCCGAAGCGUAUUGAUUAUGGUCGGUUGGCUUCAUUAAGGACUGUAGCCGAUGAGCACCCAAAUUUAGUUGCUGCGGGUGGCAGAAGGUCAAGUCUAGCGAUGAAGAAGUCAGUGUAGCAGAAUCGGCGGCCUGAUUUGGUUUGAUGAGAAGCAUGCAUGUGCCCCACUAUGAAAUGAUGGUACCUACGCGGAAUCGUAGUUAAUGCAUUUAUGGCUUCUAAUUUUCCUGCUAAACUCGACUCCAGCACAGGUUGGUGGCUUGAAAUAAGAACCAUGUUGAUGGCUUGGAAGGCAGUGCCCAUGAGUGGCUAAGGACAUUGUUAGCUUGAAGGUCUCUUAUGGUGAACUCAUUGAGAAGGAUGAUUCCCAGCUCAAAUCUUUGAUCAUAAUUGUCAAGUCAAAUUCAUAUUAAAUGGUCAACAAAAGAACAUUAAGAAAGGGGUCGUGGCAAUUUGAUGCUUUGUGGAGUCUCAUCCUGAGAAAGGAUCACUCCAAACCACAUUUACUAGCUAAUUUUGCAAGGAUCAAAGGGUGGAAUGGGUAGCCUUUUUGGAACUUUUCUUUCGUAUCUACUGCUGUAGAUGUAGUGGAUCCAUAGUGAAUUCAAUCACUCUUGUUUCAAAGUUAGAACAAGACUUCAAUGCAUCGGGCCAAUCCUAACACCGAUACCUGACUCUCCCAACCAAUCCCGUCAUCCUCGUCCUGUCAACUCCCCUCCCAUUGCCUCUCCCCCACCCGUCCUCGUUUCCCAGCCUUCCUCGGCUGCGCUUCCGUUUCCACUUCUUGGUACGUUAAUGGCUCACGUCGAGCUGAGGGGGCCGAUGCUGGGAGCACGGUGGUUGCUGCUCUUCUUGGUUUUGACCUCAUCGUUGGGCCCCGCCCGGCCGGAGCCGCGGGUCCCUUGCUACUUCAUCUUCGAAGACUCGCUCGUCGACAACGGCAACAACAACAACAUCGCUUCGCUGGCGGUGGCCAAUUACCCGCCUUACGGCGUCGACUUCGCCGGCGGCCCGACCGGGAGGUUCACCAAUGGCUUGACCACCGUCGAUGUUAUUCCUAAACUAUUGGGGUUUCACGGCUUCAUCCCACCCUACGCAAGGACGAGAGGCCAAGCACUUCUUGCUGGUGUCAACUUCGCUUCCGCGGCCGCCGGAAUACAGGAGGAGACGGGGCGACAACUGGGUGGUAGAAUUCCUUUAAGUGGACAACUGCAGAACUAUCGAUCAGCUGUGCAGGAGAUGGUCCGCAUACUGGGAGGUGAAGAGACUGCAGCUACUUACCUCAGCAAAUGCAUCUUCUCCGUCGGCAUGGGCAGCAACGACUAUCUCAACAACUAUUUCAUGCCGGCACUCUACGGAACCAGUCGACAGUACACCCCAGAACAGUACGCCGAUGUGCUGACCCAACAGUAUUCUCAGCAGCUCCGGACUUUAUACAACUCCGGGGCAAGGAAGGUGGCGUUGAUAGGGGUGGGACAGGUUGGGUGCAGCCCCAGUGAGUUGGCUCAACGCAGCCCCGACGGCGUCAGUUGCGUCGAGGAGAUCAACAGCGCCAUCGGAGUCUUCAACGCCAAGCUGAUCGGUGUGGUGGAUGAACUCAACGCCUUGGACGGGGCGCACUUCAUUUACAUCAAUGGCUAUGGGAUAUUCGAAGACAUCAUGAGGAAUUCUGCAGCUUAUGGCGUGAGUGUUACGAACAGGGGAUGUUGUGGGGUGGGAAGGAACAAUGGCCAGAUUACAUGUCUGCCGUAUCAAGCUCCAUACGCUUAAAGGAAUGAGUACCUCUUCUUUGAUGCUUUCCAUCCCACCGAAGCUGCAAUCGUCCUCAUCGCCAAGAGAUCUUACAGUGCCCGAUCCCCAUCCGUCGCCUUGCCAAAGUCUGAUGCUCCAUUGCCAUCAAUUAAGACUCUUGUUUUGUUCCCUUUGUUGCCCUCGAUUGUCAUUUGCCACAUAUGUAUACAAGUUAAAGAUUACUGCAA